AUGGCGACCAAGAAGCCUAACAUCCUCUACAUCAUGGCCGACCAGAUGGCCGCGCCCUUAUUGUCACUACAUGACAAGACCUCCCGGAUUAAGACUCCCAACCUAGACCGCCUCGCAGAAGGGGGUGUCGUCUUUGACUCGGCCUAUUGCAACUCACCGCUGUGUGCUCCAUCGCGGUUCGUCAUGGUCAGCGGUCAAUUGCCCUCGAAGAUCGGUGCCUACGAUAACGCGGCGGACUUACCCGCCGAUACCCCAACUUAUGCCCAUUACCUUCGCAAUGAGGGCUAUCAUACCGCGUUGGCCGGAAAGAUGCAUUUCUGUGGCCCGGACCAGCUCCACGGUUAUGAACAGCGUCUGACUAGUGAUAUCUACCCCGGUGACUACGGCUGGUCCGUCAACUGGGACGAACCUGACAUCCGGGCCGAUUGGUAUCACAACAUGUCUUCAGUCAUGGAAGCGGGUCCAGUGGUCCGGACCAACCAAUUGGACUUUGACGAGGAGGUGAUCUAUAAGUCGCAGCAAUACUUGUAUGAUCACGUGCGUCAGCGUACCGAGCAGCCAUUCUGUCUCACAGUCUCAAUGACGCACCCUCACGAUCCCUAUGCCAUGACCAAGGAGUUCUGGGACUUGUACAACGACGUCGAGAUCCCACUGCCCAAGAAUGGAGCUAUCCCACAUGACCAACAGGAUGCUCAUUCCCAGCGUGUGCUGAAGUGCAUCGAUUUGUUUAAUAAGGAGAUGCCGGAUGACCGUAUCCGUGCUGCUCGUCGUGCAUACUACGCUGCUUGUACAUAUGUCGAUACCAACAUCGGCAAGCUGCUCAAGGUUCUCGACAACACUGGCCUUGCUGAUGACACUAUUAUUGUUUUCACUGGUGACCACGGUGAUAUGCUGGGCGAGCGUGGUUUGUGGUACAAGAUGACCUGGUUCGAGAAUUCAGCUCGCGUGCCUUUCCUCGUCCAUUCUCCCAAGCAUUUCUCUCCGAAACGUGUCUCCGAGAAUGUCUCCACCAUGGAUCUGCUUCCCACAUUCGCCGAUCUCGCAGGUGCCAAGCUGAUCCCUGGACUGCCGCUCGAUGGUGUCUCUCUGAUGCCAUAUUUGACUGGCGGGGAGGGUCUCCGCACAGAUACAGUCUAUGGUGAAUACAUGGGAGAGGGCACCCAGGCCCCUCUUAUGAUGAUCCGUCGUGGCCGCUGGAAGUUCAUCUACUCUGCCAUCGACCCGCCCAUGCUAUAUGACCUGGCCACCGAUCCAGAAGAGAAGAUUAACUUGGCAGCCGGUCUGCCCAUUCCAACCCCCUCCUCCCGCAAUUUAGUCGCCAAGCCAACCAGUCUGGCAGGCUUGAAUCUGCCAACUCCCAUCGAGACCCCGCACGCAUCGCCAAUUCCUCAGCGUGUUACCCCGGCAGACUACGCGUUCCCUACGCCCACUCCCCCUCGCACCCCGAGCCCAGCCAAACUGGCCCCAGCGUUGCCUAAUACCACCGAGCCUGCUAAGAUCUUGGCGUUCUUCAUUGAAGAAACGCACAGCCGUUGGGAUCUAGAGAAGAUCCGCCAGGAUGUCCUCAUCUCACAGCGUCGCCGUCGUCUCGUCUACUCCGCCUUGAUCAAGGGAACGCCGUCGCUAUGGGACUUCCAGCCGCACGUCGAUGCAUCCGCUCAAUACAUCCGCAACCAAGGCAAGGGCGCUCUCGACGAUGUGGAGCUCAUCUCGCGCUGGCCUCGUGUGCUGCAGCAGGCCGCCACCACCAACGGAAUGACCGCUUAA